AGGGUGAAGCCCGGCUGGCUGGACAUUGACGCCAUGCGCGACGCGGCGAAGCGGUACGAGGGCGAGCAUGACUUCCGCAACCUGUGCAAGGUCGACCCGGCGAAACAAAUCACAAACUUCAAGCGGCGCAUGUUCGAGUCGGACAUUGUCGAGGUCGAGGACGCGGCGUCGGCGCUGCCGUAUCUCCAGGCGGCGGGCUUUGCCCCCGAGAACCUGGAGGCGCUGGACUCGUCAUCGUCGUCGUCUGCUGCUGCUUCGGGAGGCAGAAAGGGAGUGUAUCCCAAGGUGUACUACUUCCACGUCCGCGGCUCCGCCUUUCUGUGGCAUCAGAUCCGGCACAUGGUCGCCGUGCUCUUCCUCGUGGGCCAGGGGCUGGAGAAGCCGUCGGUGGUGAGCGAGCUGCUGGACGUGGAGAGGAACCCGCGGCGGCCAAACUACGUCAUGGCGGACGAGGUGCCGCUGGUGCUCUGGGACUGCAUCUUCCCGUCCGACCUGAGCGCGUCGGCGGAGGCGCAUCGCGAGGACGACGCGCUGCGGUGGGUGUACGUCGGGGACGAUGGGCCGAGCGGGCGGUUCGGGCAGUUUGGCAUCAUGGACGACGCGUGGCAGAUGUGGCGCGAGAAGAAGAUGGACGAGGUGCUCGCGGGCCAGCUGCUGCAGCAUGUCUCGAAGCAGGGCAACAACAACAACGGCGUGGCCAAGGCGGUGACGACGAGUGCUGCUGUUGCUGCGAGCGUGAAAGUGUUUGAGGGCGGCAAUGGAGGCAGGCUGAGCGGCAAGUAUCCGGGCGUCAUGAACAUGAAGUUGCUGGAGAGCGCGGACGAGCAGAAUGACAAGUAUGCCAGGAGGAAGGGGUAUAAGGAUGCGGAGGACAUGAGGGCGCAGAAGGGGUUUAAGAGUGCCAAGGCUGAGGAGGAUACCACCAUGGCGGAUGAAUGA